UGGUUUAACCUGCUAUUUGCGUUGUCACUGGCACAAUCAUUUUAAAUGUCUUGAUCAAGUGAUGAAAAUGUUUAGGGUGAAUAAUAUAGGCCUAUCGAAUAAGUCAUUGUUUCGUGUUGGCGUGCUUGCCCACUGCCCAGUAAGAUGGAGAAACCAAAGAAGCCGAGGCAACGGCGGUCUGCUACCGUCGGGAGGCGCCUGUGGGCCCGCCUCACCCGGCGCUGGAGACUGCUGGGUCUGUUCGAGAUCGAUGAGGAUCAUGAGUUUUACAACCUGACAGUCAUGAUGAAGGAGGGCCUCGCCGCGGCGUUACAGUCCACCGACCAGCCCGCACAGGAUGAGCUGACAGCAGAUGAUUACACCAAGGAAGAGAGUCAAGUCCAUGAGGGCUUUGAGAUGCAGACGUUUGCCGGCCCAGUGUUUGCCAGCCUGCGGCGCUCGCUGGACGUGAGUGAGCAGGACUAUCAGAGCUCGCUCUCCUCCGCCGGCCCCUUCCUGCAGUUCAUCAGCAACUCCAAGAGCAAGGCCGACUUCUUCCUCACCAAUGAUAAGUGCUACUUCCUGAAGACUCAGAGUAAACGUGAGAUCAACUUCCUACUGUCCAACCUGAGGAAGUAUACAGAGCAUUUGGAAAAAUACCCCCACUCACUGAUGGUGCGCUUUCUUGGUGUGCACCGAAUCAUUAUUCAUGGAGACAUAAAGAAAUAUUUCAUCGUGAUGCAUAGUGUGUUCUAUCCAGAUGAGAGGAUACAGACCAGAUAUGAUGUGAAGGGCUGUGAGGUCGGGCGCUGGACGGACCCCACCCCGCGAGAGCAGCAGCCCAUUGUGGUGCUGAAGGACAUGAACUUCGAGGGCCAGCACAUCAACUUGGGUGAGCAGAAGUCGUGGUUGGUCCGUCAGGUGGAGAUUGACACAGGGUUCCUGCGUGGCCUGGGGGUUCUGGACUACAGCGUGCUGCUGGCCCAUCAGCCCCUGCACCUGGACGAGAUGGACCAGAACCAGGACCUCGCCACGCUGGUCCUCCGCACCACCAUAUCUGUUGACAUAGAGAAUGGUCCGACUGAGCCAAAAGAACCUCCAAAGAUUCCCGGGACGCUAGCGGAGGAGGACACCGCCCUGCUCCAGUCAGAACCACAGACAGGAGAUCCAGCGGCGGCGGCGGCAGAACCAGCAGAUGACCAGCCAAGGACAACCCUAGCAGAGGAUCCGGUGUCUGGGAUUCCUCUGCAAGAGCUCCCCUCACACAGGCACUCUGAGGAACUCAAGGAGUUCCAGGCUCAAAACAGGAGACUGCUACCCGAGUUCAAGAACCCUGUUCACGUCAUCGAUGGGCCGGAGCUGCGCUACUUUGUGGGAGUGGUGGACUUCUUCACGGAGUAUGGACUGAAGAAACGUCUGGAGAACCUGUGGAAGAGGAUCAGGUUCCCUGGCAGGGCUUUCUCCACGGUCAGCCCACCGGACUACGCACAGAGGUUCUGCCAGUGGGUACAGAGCCACACCAAAUAACUCCAGCACAACAACAACAACAACAACAACAACAACAACAACAACAACAACAACACAACUACAAAGCACUCAGCCCUCUCGUGUACAGAAACACACAAGCACUGAGAACGCACAAACAAAUGUACACACAAUCACUCUAUCACAUACCCUCCAUGGCAGAGGUAAUAAUGUGCUUCUCAGAACAACCAUUCACAGUGAGGGGGACCUCACUGGCCGCUAUCACUAGACAUAGUGAUAGUGUUAUUUAUUUAUUUAUUUCAUUCAAAGCAACAGGUUGAAACAAAGUAGAGUAAUGGCAAAGCAAGAACAACAAAAACAACAAACACUGUUCUACAUUCUGCAUGCUGGUACAACCAGGCCGCAGUCACUGUUGCAUGUAAAACUCAUGUGUGAGAGACUGUUGUUGCAUUAUAAUAACUGUAGGUGUCCUCUCUCCUGCUAGUGUUUGUGCUGAGGACCAGGGUAGCUUGCACACCUCACAAAAGGAGAAUAAAAUGUUCAUUCAAUUUGUUUACAAGUUGUAAUAUUUAAAGAAAGUAGCUUUUUAUUAUUAGCCAGUCAUUGGUAAGUGAUUAGAGAGCGUCAGACUUGUAGCCCAAAGGUUGCAGGUUUGACUCCCGGCCGGCCAGGUUGGUGGAGGGAGUUGCUCUCCCAAUCCUCAUCCAUGACUGAGGUACCCUGAGCAUGGUACGGUCCCGCCGCUGCCUUGGGCCUUGCACGGGUGAGGCAUAAACGCAAUUCCGUUGUGUGCAGUGUGCAGUGUUCACUUGUGUGCUGUUUGAGUGCUGUGUCACAAUGACAAUGGGAGUUGGAGUGUCCCAGUUGGGCUUUCACUUUCGCUAAUUAUUAUUUUCAUUUUCUACUCAAUAGUUUUUAGGCCUUUUUGAUAUCUGGCCCAAGGAAUACAGCACUUAAUAAAGA